GGCCUGGACUUUGAAAGCUGUGGCCCUGGCGAGCUGUACCGUUAGCCACAUUGAAGUUGUAGUAUUUUGAAAUAAAUUCCAGGAUUUUUUCCCUAAAAGCUCUUCGCUGCGAGUCAUCUGAUCGUAAUCUGGGAUUGUGGAUGAUGUUAAAAGACGGAGAAGAGUCCUCACGGUGAAAGUUCAAGCGCACGCGCCUUACUUCAUAUUGACUGAGUUGAACUCCACAGAAGGGAAAAGAAAAGCCGACCGGCUAAGUUGCUAGCAGGGAGCUAGCCUCCGACCUCACUUCCUUGUUGCAUCUGCGAGUGUGAUGGAAGUUUUUUAUGGAGGCGUUUGACUGUUUUUAUUGUUCAUUUUUAAUUGAGAACAAAUAGUUAUUUUCAUGGACAGUUAAAAUUUAGUAGACGUUGUUUUUAAAUUGGAAAUUGUUUCGGGACAAUACGAACGUUCACCAUGAAAUGGAAAACCACUCUGUAGCCGAACGGUUAGCAUCGGCGGACUAGCGGGCUAAACCGACUAGCCUUCGCUAACAAAUCCUGGAUAUGUUUGUUUUUAUUACUGGAACACGGCGGUUAAGUAUUAUAAAAUUGUUACAUAUUAGUUGUGACUAAAGUGUUAGCUUCCACGGAACACAAAUAUUGUCUUUAUCGGGGGUUUGAUAGCAUCUGAAUGCUAAAGCUUGUGAUAUAAGCUAGCUGUAAUGUCAGCUUAGUAGCUAAAGCUAGCCCAAUGUUGUGUUUCAUGAAUCGACAGGGGGAUACAGUUCUGAUUUUAUAAACUUAUUCCUAACUCAGCCUUUAUUUGAGACAUAAAUGCCCAACUCGGAGGUGCUUCGCGACGGCCGGGGACGGAGCCCCGCGGAGCUGCCGAAUGCUAACAGGCAGGGGAGGCGCAGCAAAGCGGGGAGCGGUGCCGCUCCGCGAGACAGGCGCCGCGAGAAGGGACGGUCGUCCGCCUCCCGGAGGAAGAAGCGCAGGCAGCAGAAGGACCGACACUUGUGGCAUGCGGUCACAACAGAAGGCCCCGACAGGAGAGGCGAAUUCGAUAAGGAACUUGAACUUCGGACAUUAGUAGAAUACGACGACGUGAGCUCCCAGUCGGAGCGAUUCUCCGGGAGCCCCUCUCCUAAAAUUGACCCCCACGCCGAGAAUCUGUCAGUGGAUCGGAUCAGCAGUGGAAACUUUGGGGAGUAUAAUGGACCGGCCUCCCUAGAAAGGGGUCAACUGAGAGACCGGGAUGCUUUAUACCUCAGUAAAGAAGAACUAAGAGGACCAUCCGAGAGGAGCAAACAGGAGAAGGAGUUUGCCAAGAAAAAAGAUCACCAGAGUCGUGAUAGAGACUCCUUAAAAGUCAGAACUGGAGGAAGCCUAGGCGGCUCUAAAAACUCAACACGGAGCGGUGACAAAAACGGCAAAAGGACAUCUUCUUCUUCUCAAUCUGCAGAUAAAAAGAACACAAAGAGACGCAAAAGCAAAACGAGAUCCGAUAAAGAGACACCGUCCGCGUACAGAGACGCGCCGCAGUCUUAUCGGGAGGACCGCGAAGACCCCAGGGCGUACAGAAGAAGCCCUGGCUUUAAAACUGAAAGUCCCUAUGGGACAUCCUAUUCCUUUAACUACCAGUCUCCUGGUAACUAUGCCCAGCUGGGAUCUAGAAGAAGUCCAACGUAUGGAAGUAAAAGACAUUCUCCCAGUUCCACGUAUUACAGCCGGGAUGAAGUGUAUGGCGGAUAUGGAAUGCCAAAGUCGCCCAGUUCGUAUUCAAGCAACAAGAGGAAGCGAUCCCCGGCGAGUCCAGCCAACUGGAGGAGGUCACCAAGUUACGGUCGACACAGCCCAUUCGAACAAGGAGAGUUCACCUCAAGUCCGUAUGGAAACCGGAGAAAAUCUAGGAGUCCAUACAGGAAAUCCCUGAGUCCAAGUCCGGAUGUCAGGAGACCCGCAAGAUCACGCAGCAGAAGUCCGUUUUCCUCUUCGAGGCACUCGCGCUCCCACAGCCGCCACCGACACUCUCGCUCCCGCAGCCGCCCUUCCAGCCUGUCUCCGAGCACGCUCACCUUCAAAACCAGCCUCGCCGCCGAGCUCAGCAAACAGAAGAAGGUCAAAGCUGCAGAGGCAGCCGCCAAGGCCAAAAACUCCAGCAACACAUCGACGCCGACCAAAAUGUCUCUGUCCGCCCACCAACCCAGCCCCAAAUCCAACCACACCACCAAGAAGGGGCGCCCCCCUUCCCCACCUGCCCCAGAGAAGGGGCCCCGGACCCCCACGUCCAGCCAGCCUCAGUCUCCUGCAGAUAAGUCGGUGAAGAAGACGGCAGAAGGCAGCAGUAAGGGGAAAGAGGAACUUCUACACAAGAAGAAAGCACCAGCGUCCGGGCCGGUCAAGGAAAAAGCCGCCGGCCCGGUCAUCACCACUCUGCCACAGCUGCCACUGCCCCAAAUCAUUACUGAGAACACAGACAAAGGAGACAAUUUGAAGGACGGCUCGCUUUCCGGCAAAAAGAAGUUGGAGAAAAAAACGCGCCAACUUCUGACUGACCUCCCCUUGCCCCCCGAACUCCCCUGCCCCUCAGUUUCUCCAAACAGCCCGCCUGAGAAGCAGGAAAAGUCCCAAACUCUUCGUCGGAGACCGAAAAUUUGUGGCCCGAGAUACGGUGAGAUCAAGGAAAUAGAGAUCGAUUGGGGUAAACGAUGUGUGGACAAGUUUGAGAUCAUUGGAAUCACAGGAGAAGGCACCUACGGUCAAGUGUACAAGGCUAAAGACAAAGACACCGGUGAAAUGGUGGCUUUGAAGAAGGUCCGCCUGGACAACGAGAAGGAAGGCUUUCCGAUCACAGCCAUCAGAGAAAUCAAGAUCCUGCGACAGCUCAACCACAAGAGCAUCAUCAACAUGAAGGAGAUCGUGACGGACAAAGAGGACGCUCUGGAUUUUAGGAACGAUAAAGGUGCUUUCUAUCUGGUGUUUGAAUACAUGGACCACGACCUGAUGGGUCUGCUGGAGUCUGGACUGGUUCACUUCAACGAAAGCCACAUCAAGUCCUUCAUGCGACAGCUGCUGGAGGGUCUGGAUUACUGCCACAAGAAGAACUUCCUGCACAGAGACAUCAAGUGCUCCAACAUUCUGCUCAAUAACAAGGGUCAAAUCAAGCUGGCAGACUUUGGUCUGGCUCGGCUCUACAACUCCGAGGAGAGUCGCCCGUACACUAACAAAGUGAUCACGCUAUGGUACCGUCCGCCGGAGCUGCUGCUGGGAGAAGAGAGGUACACCCCCGCCAUCGACGUGUGGAGCUGCGGGUGCAUUCUGGGAGAACUGUUUACUAAGAAACCCAUCUUUCAAGCCAACCAGGAGCUUGCACAGUUGGAGCUCAUCAGUCGUAUCUGUGGCAGUCCGUGUCCAGCCGUGUGGCCAGAUGUCAUAAAGCUUCCGUUCUUCAACACCAUGAAACCAAAGAAGCAAUACCGGAGGCGGCUCAGGGAGGAGUUUGCUUUCAUCCCUCCAGCAGCCUUGGAUCUGUUCGACCACAUGCUGAACCUGGACCCCGGCAGACGCUGCACGGCCGAACAAGCGCUGAGCAGCGAGUUUCUCAAGGACGUGGAUCCUGACAAGAUGCCUCCACCAGACCUCCCCCUUUGGCAGGAUUGUCACGAGCUGUGGAGUAAGAAACGGCGGCGGCAGAAGCAGAUGCCGGAGGAGCUGGUGGCUCCAAAAGUGCCGCGGAAGGAGCUGGGUCUUGACGACAGCCGCAGUAACACUCCUCAGGGGUUCACGGCGUCCGGCGCCAUGAAGACCCAGAAUGCAGCAGCUUCUGCGCUGCUCGAUUCAAAGGGUCCAAACUCUCAGUUCACUCAGGAGCAGCUGGCGGUCCUCCUGAACCUCUUGGGUCAGUCCAAAUCGGCCCCCAGCACCAGCCAGUUUGUCCAGUCUAUGAGCACAAAGGUGAACCAGGAGACGCUCCAGCUGCUCACCAAAGCCUUAGCCCCCUCCGACCCAUCUGAGCCUCAGCCCGCAUCCGCCAAGCCCCCCCAGCCCGUCCCGCCCGCAGGAGUACCGCGCACGCCCCCGCUGCCCAAGCCACCGUCGCCCCCCAUCGCGGCGCCGUCGAGUAUUCCAGAGGGAGAGGCCGCCGCCGCCACGCAGACGGCCAUGACCAUGCUGCUGGCACAGCUGCUUCAGGCUCAGAAGACUCAGAGACCGGAGCUGAGCGACGGCGGGGAAACCGGAGAUAGCAGCAACCCCACCGGAGGCGCCGCGCCGCCACCGCCACCCCUGGAGGUCAAACAGCCCCCAGAGCCCAGCCCAGUCUCUCCAGUGUCAGAAGUGGGCGGAGUCUCCAUUUUGCCUCCAGACCAGAGACCACCAGAACCUCCGGAACCGCCUCCCCACGCCGACCUGGACUACCGCCAGCCGCCGCCGGAGCCCAAGCCCAGCCACGCCCCCCCAAUGCCCCCCAUCAGUGACGGAGUGAGACCCCCAGAACCAGACUACCCCCCUCUCCCCCCCACGGAGGGUCCGUUGUACGGAGGCGAGUACAGCCACCCGCCUCCUCCACCUUUCCCGCCGACAGGCUUCGCUGACAGUUACAUGGGCCACAUGCUGGGCGGGGGCCUGAUGCCCCACCCCGACCCCUUCCCCCCGGCAGCACCAGCCCCCGCCCGACCCGCCAACAUGGUCUUCAGCGGGGACAAGGACCACCGCUUCGAGUACAAUCACAGCCCUCUGCCCGUGGAGGCUCCGCCCAACGCCCUCCACCUGUACAACCACGCCACCCCGCCCAUCCCGGGACAAGCCUGGGGGUCCCCGUCUCAAAUCGGGGCUCCUCCUCUACCGCUCGGCUUCGUUCCACAGAUGAACUCUACGGCGGCGAUCAGGGGGCGAGGGCUGCCCUUCUGAGGAACCUGGAGAUGCACAUGGCGUUUUAAUAAUUUAAAUCCGUUGUAUUUUUUCCUGGUUGAAGGACGUGGAAUAACAGCCGAGGAGCUUUUCUGGCUCGUACAGUUUUGGUAUUUUUUGUAAUCUAUUCUGCUGUCCUCAAUCGAACUUUGGUUUAGGUGUACACGUCAGACCCGGUGACCCCCACCGUUCCUCUGUAAAGCUCCAGGGCAGAGUAGUAUUAUUGUUUUCAGCUACUGACGGAAGUAGGAAGAAACUAUUUUGGCUAUGAAAGGAGAUUUCGCGGCGACGAUGGCGGCCCUUUUUUUGGUCGGCCUGCUUGAAGAAAGCACUUCUAACAUCUGCAGCGAGUCUGCUCUGAGAAAAGCAGUUUUUUCCCCUUUUUAACGUUUUUUUUUGGCUGUAAAUGUUGUAAAAUCAUAAGUAAAACACAUAACCUGAAUUGAAAAAGGAAGCGUUUUAUUUUGUAUUAAAUUGUUUUGUCCCCUCCUUCUCCUCGUC